AACAAAAAAAAAGAUUUUUAAAAAAUUACAAAGGAAUAUCGUUUUCAAUGCACUUUAAGGUCACUUUCAAAAUCAGGGAUUUACAGAGCCUUCUAGACACCCUGAAGAAAAUGUGAAAUAACAAAAUUAUGGAUGGUCAAAGUGCAUACAUAUUUUAAUAGAUGCCCUCCAAAAUUAUAUGCAUAUAUACUUUGGAGGGGUGAAAGCACAACAAUAAUAUAGGUUGAUGUGCCAACCUAAUAUGCAUUUAUUCACCAACAAAAAUCUAAAAAAAAUAUAUACAGUAGACUAGGCAGUUGACAAUCAAUCAAUUCAACAUAUCUACUUCCAUGUGCAGUGCGUACUCCUUCUUUAAACACAUUGUACAUAUAGUUUAGUCUGUAGAUUUUCUGUUUAGGGACAACAAGCACUGUGAGAUGUGAGUGAAACAUUCAUUUGUUGACCCCCAAGAAUCUCAUGUUAUAAAAAACAACUCUAGUUACAAGAUACUGACAGAAACUUUAACUCAAAACGGUUGGUAAAGUUAGAUGACAUUUCCGUAAUCACAGCUUAAAGGAAGGAAUUGAAAAAUAGUCUUUUCAGUCAGGAAAAAAAACAGGCCGUGAUGUCACAUUCGAUCGCCUUAUGUGUAAUCAUCGAAGCAAAAUCCAAAGAAUAUCUUGUUUUUAAGCAAAAGUUACAAAAGAAUGGCCAGGUCCGUAUUAUAGACACUGACGGAGUAAAAAAAGUGAAAGGAGACAAAUAUGUUGAUAAGUUAAACAACAUAAUGCAACAAUGUCAUGCGAUUGUAGUUAUAUGUACACCAAAGUUAAAAUCGUAUUUAGAAGGAUCUUCUAGCAAUGGUCAUAAUUUACUUGGAGACAACGAAAAAAUAGCCCUUCUUGCAGGAUUGCAGAAUCAUCAACAAAAAGUGAUUCUAGUCGAUAUCAAACAGGAUGGGGCGCAGUACAUACCAAAUGAUCUUCACGGAUUAGGUGCGCCAGUAAACGGUGUUGAAGAUAUUGAAACCCUCGUGGAUCAAAUAAAAGCCAAAAAGUUUGGUCAUUAGAAUGAUGAAAUGCAAAAUAAAAAAAGAAGACAGAUGUGUUUAAACAAGGAACGUCUUAGCUACGAACUUUGUAAUGAACAGGUUUUAUUAAUUUAAUGUAAGAUUUUUGAAUGUAGAUAAUUUAUUUUAAGUCAUUAGUCAUGGAUUUAUGUUUUUUGGUCUAAAAUAGGGAAUUCACGUGCUUUUUUCGUUUCCUUUUUUCGAUUUCAAGUAACAAAAACCAAGCUUUUUUCUGUCCGUUGCAUCACACGUAGACAAAUACUCUAGUUCCCAGAAAUGAAAUUCUCGAUAACCAGAGGGUGUAGACAAAUCUAUUAUUGGAAUCAUAAGCCUUACAGUAUGAGAUAUUAAAAAGGCAGAGCUAGGGACCAGACUGGGCGAGUAACUGCUUUUUUAUAUUUGAUAUAAGAUCUUCGUGUCGUCAUUUUUAACUUUUGUCUACAUUUAGUGUUUUUUUUCUCUUUUUAUCGCGCCCUCCAAAAAGCUCUUAACGAAACUAAAAAAACCUGUCUUAUCAGGACUUUUAGAUACGUAAUUGAUAGACCCUUGUAUUUUUACAUAUAUCUUUUAUUUUUAGAUGUAUAUAUAGCCAUCAUUGUCUAUAAAAAUAUAGAAAAGAAUUGUCUA